AUGAACCAUUCACAAGAACCUGUGGUGCCUAGUGAUACUAUUGCACGAAUUUUUCAACUGUGCUCAUUUACCCAGGAUAGUACGAGGAUCACGGAGGAUACAAUUACCCUUACUGAGAAAUACAUCAAGUUAUUUGUUAGAGAAGCUGUUUUAAGAUCUUUGGAGAACAAAGAUAAAGUAAAAAAGGAGGAUGGCAAAGGAUCAUUGAUUGAAGGCCCUGUGCUGCAUCAUACAGAUUUGGAGGAAAUCUCGGGUAUAUUGCUACUUGAUUUUUGA